GGGGGGUGGGGGGACGGAGAUUGUGUGUGAUGAGCAGCUCUGAGCUCAGCCCCGGCAGCGCCAGCACCGACCAUCUGGAUCCAAUUUGCGGCGCCGGCUGGCCCGGCCCCCCCGGCCCUGCCGCGCCCGCCGCCCGCUCGGGCCGCGCUCCGACACACGGACAGACAGACAGACAGACAGAGCCACGGCAGCCGCCGCGCGGGGACCAGCGCGCCCCGUCCCUCGUCCCACGCAGCGAGGCAGGCAGCCCCCGGCAAGGCUGAGCGGCACCGCGUGCCAUGAAGCAAGGCUGAAAGAGGCGCUUCGGAGCAGAAAGUCCUGGAACACGCAAAUUUUUUUCUCUCUGGAGGUUUGCUCAGGGGUCCCACACUGGGUGCUUUGAAACGAAGGGAAUAAAAGAAAAUCUCAGAUAAAAGACCCAAAAUGAGGAAACACCGGCAUUUGCCCUUUGUGGCACUGUUUUGCCUCCUAUUGCCAGGCUUCUGCCCGGUUCGUGCCCAACAGCAGGCAGUUAUUGAAGUGAACAAGAAGGACAUAGUCUUCCUGAUAGAUGGCUCAACUGCUCUGGGGGCUGCCCCCUUUAACUCAAUCCGUGAUUUCGUUGCCAAAAUUGUCCAGAGGCUGGAGGUGGGACCUGACCUGAUCCAGGUGGCGGUGGCGCAGUACGCAGACACGGUGAAGCCGGAGUUCUACUUUAACACCCACCAGAGCAAAAAGGACGUGAUGACCAACGUGAGGAGGAUGAAGCUCAUGGGGGGCACGGCGCUCAACACGGGCUCCGCUCUGGACUUCGUGAGGACCAACUUCUUCACCAGCGCCGCCGGGUGCAGGGUGGAGGAGGGGGUGCUGCCCAUGCUGGUGCUCGUCACCGGGGGUAAGUCCAUGGAUGCUGUGGACCAGGCUGCGGCAGAGAUGAAGAGGAACCGGAUAGUGACCCUGGCGGUGGGGUCGAGGAACGCCGACCUGGCAGAGCUCCAGGAGAUCGCCCACGAGAGAGAUUUUGUGUUCAACCCAGAGGACUUCCGCCUCCAGUUCAUGCAAGCCAUUCUACCUCAGGUGCUGUCGCCUAUCCGGACGCUCUCAGGAGGGCUGAUUGUCCAAGAACCACCCUCAGAAAGCAAGAAAGAUGUUUUAUUCCUGAUCGAUGGCUCAGCCAACCUCUUGGGCAGCUUUCCUGCCGUCCGGGACUUUGUGCACAAAGUCAUUUCUGACCUGAACGUGGGCGCCGACGCCACGCGCGUAGCGGUGGCUCAGUUCAGCGACACCGUCCAAGUCGAGUUUGACUUCGCCGAGUACACGUCCAAGCAAGACAUGCUCCUCAAAGUGAAAAGGAUGAAGAUCAAAACCGGGAAGCAGCUGAACAUCGGAGCCGCGCUCGAUGAGGCCAUAAGGAGGCUGUUCGUCAAGGAGGCUGGGAGCAGGAUCGAGGAAGGGGUUCCCCAGUUUUUGGUCCUCCUCGCUGCUGGGAGGUCGGCUGACGAUGUGGAGGAGCCAUCAGACGUUCUGAAGCAAACUGGAGUCGUGACCUUUGCUAUCAAAGCCAAGAACGCCGACCUCGCAGAGCUGGAAAGGAUCGUCUACUCCCCGCAGUUCAUCGUGAACGUCGAAUCCCUCCCUCGGAUUUCAGAGUACCAGCCAAACAUAGUCAACCUGUUGAAAACUGUCCAGCUUCAGCCAACAGUAGUUGAGAGAGGUGAGAAGAAGGACGUGGUGUUUCUGAUCGAUGGCUCGGAUGGUGUCAGAAGAGGCUUCCCUUUACUGAAGACGUUUGUCCAGAGGGUCGUGGAAAGCCUGGAUGUGGGCCGGGACAAGGUCCGUGUGGCUGUCGUGCAGUACAGCAACAUCAUACAGCCUGAGUUCUUACUCGACACCCACGAGGACAAGGCAGAUCUCAUCAGCGCCAUCCAGGAGCUGAAGGUUAUGGGAGGGUCUCCUCUGAACACUGGAGCAGCCCUCGACUAUCUCAUCAGGAAUGUGUUCACGGUGUCGAGCGGCAGCAGGAUAGCGGAGGGCGUCCCACAGUUCCUGAUCCUGCUGACUGCUGACCGCUCCCAGGACGACGUGAGGAGGCCCUCAGUGGUCCUGAAGACGAGUGGCACGGUGCCCUUCGGCAUUGGGAUUGGAAAUGCUGACCUGACAGAGCUGCAGACCAUUUCCUUCCUGCCGGAUUUUGCGAUCUCGGUGCCCGACUUCAGCCAGCUGGAUUCGGUGCAGCAGGUCGUCUCGAACAGAGUCAUCCGGCUGACCAAGAAAGAGAUAGAGUCCCUUGCCCCUGACCUGGUUUUCACAUCUCCCAGCCCAGCGGGCGUGAAGAGGGACGUUGUGUUCAUGGUCGACGGCUCCCGCCACGCCGCCCAGGAGUUCUACCUCGUCCGCGACCUCAUCGGGAGGAUAGUGAGCAACCUGGACGUGGGCAUUGACACCACCAGGAUCUCGGUGGUGCAGUUCAGCGAGCACCCCCACGUGGAGUUCCUGCUCAACACCCACUCCACCAAGGACGAGGUGCAGAGCGCCGUGAGGCAGCUGCGGUCGAAGGGCGGCCAGCAGGUGAACGUGGGGGAGGCCCUGGAGUUCGUGGCGAAGACCAUCUUCACCCGGCCCUCCGGGAGCCGCAUAGAGGAGGGCGUCCCUCAGUUCCUCAUCAUCCUCUCCUCCCGCAAGUCCGACGACGACUUCGAGUCCCCGUCGCUCCAGGUCAAGCAAGUGGGGGUGGCGCCCAUGAUGGUAGCAAAGAACGUGGACACCGAGGAGAUGGUGCAGAUUUCCCUUAGUCCCGAUUACGUGUUCCAAGUCUCCAGCUUCCAGGAGCUGCCCAGCCUCGAGCAGAAGCUGCUGACUCCCAUUGAAACCCUGACUGUGGACCAGAUCAGGCAGCUGCUGGGAGAUGUGCAGCCCCCCAUAGAUAUCUCUGGUGAGGAGAAGGACAUAGUCUUCCUCAUUGACAGCUCCGACAGCGUCAGGCCUGACGGGCUCGCUCACAUCCGGGAUUUCAUCAGCAGGAUCGUUCAGCAGCUGGAAGUGGGGCCGAACAAAGUGCGGAUCGGGGUGGUGCAGUUCAGCAACAACGUCUUCCCCGAGUUCUACCUGAAGACCCACAAGUCCAAAAAUGCCGUCCUGCAAGCCAUCCGCCGUUUGAGGCUUAGAGGGGGGUCCCCCCUGAACGCUGGCAAAGCCCUGGACUACGUGGUGAAGAACUACUUCAUCAGGUCUGCGGGGAGCAGGAUAGAAGAUGGAGUGCCCCAGCACCUCGUCGUCAUCCUCGGGGACCGCUCCCAGGACGACGUGAACAGGCCUGCUAACGUGAUCACCUCAACCAACAUCAAGCCCCUGGGUGUUGGAGCCAGGAAUGUGGACAGGGACCAGCUGCAGAUCAUCACCAGCGAUCCUGAGCGCGUGCUGGUGGUACAGGACUUCACAGGGCUCUCAACCUUAGAAAAGAGGGUACAGAACAUUCUCGAAGAGCUUCCAGUACCUACAACAGAAAUACCUGGACCAUUCUUACCUGGAGGUAAAAAGCAGGCUGACAUUGUGUUUUUGCUGGAUGGCUCCAUCAAUCUGGGGAGAGAUAACUUCCAGGAAGUUCUUCAGUUUGUCUACUCUGUGGUGGACGCCAUUUAUAGGGAUGGGGACUCUAUCCAGGUGGGACUGGCCCAGUACAACUCAGAUGUCACCGACGAGUUUUUCCUCAAGGACCACUCCACCAAACCUCAGAUCUUAGACGCGAUCAACAAAGUCAUCUACAAAGGCGGGCGUGUGGCAAACACUGGCGCUGCCAUCAAGCACAUCCAGGAGAGGCACUUCGUGAAGGAGGCCGGCAGCAGGAUCGACCAGAGGGUGCCCCAGAUCGCCUUCAUCGUCACGGGGGGGAGGUCCACGGAUGACGGGCCCAGGGCCUCGCAGGAAAUCACACAGAAAGGCGUGAAGGUGUUCGCAGUGGGCGUGAGGAACAUCGACCUGAAGGAAGUCAGCAUGCUGGCCAGCGAGAGCGCCACGAGCUUCAGAGCAUCCACAGCCCAGGAGCUGUCUGAGCUCAACGAGCAGGUCCUGGUCACGCUGGAAGCCGCUAUGGAGGAGAAGCUGUGCCCAGGAGUAACGGAGGUGACAAGAGAUUGUGACCUGGAUGUGAUCCUGGGCUUUGAUGUCACGGACGUUGGGCCCGGCCAGAACAUAUUCAACUCCCAGCGGGCUCUGGAGUCGCGGGUCGAGUCGGUGCUGAACAGGAUAACGCAGAUGCAGAGGAUCAGCUGCACCGGCAACCAGGCACCCAACGUCAGGGUGGCCGUCAUGGCCCAGGCGCAGGGCGGGCCCGUGGAGGGCCUGGACUUCUCCGAGUACCAGCCCGAGCUGUUCGAGAGGUUCCGGGACAUGCGGGGCCGCGGGCCCUACGUGCUCACGGCCGACACGCUGAGCUCCUACCUCAGCAAGUUCCGAUCCUCGCCCUCCGGCAGCGCCAAGGUCAUAAUCCAUUUUACUGAUGGUGCAGACGCCCCAAUAGAUCAGCUGGAGACUGCUUCAUCUACUUUGCAUGCAGAAGGUGUCAGCGCUCUCAUCUUCGUGGGGCUGGACCGAGUGAGCAAUUUUGACAGAGUGAUGCAGCUGGAGUUCGGCCGUGGGUUCACCUACAACAGACCUCUCAGAGUUAAUCUGCUGGACCUGGAUUUCGAGCUGGCAGAGCAGCUCGACAACAUCGCAGAGAGGACGUGCUGCAAGGUCCCGUGCAAGUGCUCAGGACAGAGAGGGGACAGAGGUGUGCCAGGCCCCAUAGGACCAAAGGGUGUCACGGGUGACCUUGGAUACGCGGGCUAUCCCGGUGAUGAAGGAGGACCGGGUGAGCGUGGACCCCCGGGUGUGAACGGGACACAGGGUUUCCAGGGAUGCCCCGGGCACAGAGGAACAAAGGGUUCUCGUGGAUUCCCAGGAGAGAAGGGUGAACUGGGAGAAAUGGGCCUGGAUGGUAUUGAUGGAGAAGAGGGAGACAAGGGUUUGCCUGGCUCCUCUGGAGAGAAGGGAUACUCUGGAAGGAGGGGUGAUAAGGGAGUUAAAGGCGAACGAGGAGAGCGAGGUGACCGUGGGCUCCGUGGAGAUCCGGGAGAUUCAGGAGCUGAUAACACUCAACGGGGCUCCAGAGGCCAGAAGGGUGAAAUUGGACCAAUGGGAGAACCAGGACUGCCAGGGCUCAAGGGCCAAGACGGUGGAGUCGGGAGGAAGGGUAUGACAGGACGAAGGGGACAGAUAGGGGUUAAGGGCACCAAGGGCGCUCCGGGUCAGGCGGGGCCGGCUGGAGAACAAGGCAUGCGAGGGCCUCAGGGCCCGCCUGGCCAGCUUGGCACACCAGGCAUAAGAGGAGAGCAGGGUGUUCCUGGACCCAGGGCUGGUGGUGGACCCCCAGGAACCCCAGGAGAGCGUGGCAGGAUCGGCCCCCUGGGACAGAAGGGUGAGCCUGGGAACCCUGGACCCAAAGGGCCGAAUGGACAGCCGGGCCCACGAGGGGAGAUGGGCGAUGAUGGACGAGAUGGAAUUGGUGGCCCAGGUCCUAAAGGCAGAAAGGGAGAACGUGGCUUCGUAGGCUACCCUGGGCCCAAGGGUGGGCCUGGUGACCGCGGUGUUGCCGGAGGCCCCGGCCCAAAAGGAAACAGAGGCCGCAGAGGAGAUGCAGGAGAACCUGGGGCACCUGGUCAGAAAGGAGAGAUUGGAUAUCCUGGACCAUCGGGACUUAAGGGCGACAGAGGAGAAUCCAGAGAUCAAUGUGCCCUUGUGCGGAACAUCAAGGACAAAUGCCCUUGCUGCUAUGGUCCCAAGGAGUGCCCUGUGUUCCCGACCGAGCUGGCCUUCGCUAUCGACACCUCCUCGGGCGUGGGCAGGGAAGUUUUUAACAGGAUGAAGCAAACCGUGCUCAGAGUCGUCAACAACUUGACCAUCGCUGAGAGCAACUGCCCUCGGGGUGCCCGGGUGGCUUUGGUCACCUACAACAGCGAGGUCACCACAGAGAUCCGCUUCGCCGACGCCAGGAAGAAAUCCAGCCUCCUCCAGCAGAUCCAAAACUUCCAGGCGACCCUGACCACAAAGCCGCGCAGCCUGGAGACUGCCAUGUCCUUCGUGGCCAGGAACACCUUCAAGCGCGCCCGGAGUGGCUUCCUCAUGCGGAAGGUGGCUGUGUUUUUCAGCAACGGGGACACCAGAGCCUCCCCGCAGCUCAACGACGCCGUGCUGAAGCUCUACGACGCCGGGGUCGUGCCUGUGUUCCUCACCAGCAGGCAGGACGCGGUUCUCAGCAGAGCUCUGGAGAUCAACAACACAGCGGUUGGCCACGCCAUUGUUCUUCCAACCAGCGGCAGUCAGCUGAAUGAAACUAUCCUAAGGCUCCUGACUUGUCACAUUUGUCUGGAUGUGUGUGACCCCAAUCCCAUCUGCGGUGCUGUUACCCAGAGACUUGGAUUCAGAGACAGAAGGGCAGCCCCGACAGAUGUUGACACUGACAUAGCCUUCAUCAUGGACAGCUCGGAGUCCACCACCCCUCUGCAGUUCAGCGAGAUGAAGAAGUACAUUUCCCACCUCGUAAGUAACCUGGAGAUCAGCUCGGAGCCAAAAGUGUCCCAGCACCACGCGAGGGUGGCAGUUCUCCAGCAAGCUCCUUACGAACACGAGGCCAACUCGAGCUUCCCACCGGUGAAAACUGAGUUCUCGCUAACAGAUUACGGGUCCAAAGAGAAGAUCAUGAACUACCUUCACAACCAGAUGACCCAGCUGCAGGGCACGAGGGCUCUGGGGAGCGCGAUUGAACACACGAUAGCUCACGUUUUCGAAAGCGCGCCAAACCCUCGGGAUCUGAGAGUCAUCGUUCUGAUGAUGACAGGCAAAGUGGAUAAACAAGAACUCGAGUACCUGCAGAGGGUCGUGACCAGUGCAAAGUGCAAAGGGUACUUCUUCGUUGUCCUGGGCAUCGGCAGGAAGGUGAAUGCCAAGAAUAUCUACGGCCUCGCUAGUGAGCCGACUGAUGUGUUCUUCAAGUUGGUCGAUAAACCAGGAGAGCUCCACGAAGAGCCCUUACUGCGCUUUGGCAGACUGAUGCCAUCUUUUAUCAGAAGUGACUUUGCUUUCUACCUGUCUCCAGAGAUAAGGAAGCAGUGUGAGUGGUUCCAGAAUGACCAGCAAGCCAGGAGCCAGCAUCCUGUCCACACUGGGCAGAAAGCAGUGUACGCGGCACCCAACGCGACCCUGAGCCGCACCCUCAGCACCACGCUCAGCGCGACCAUCAAGCCUGCAGCCAGCACCCAUGCCAGGACCACCACUGCCAGCACCACGGCCCAGAGCAGAGCCAGCGAGCAGAGCACGGCCAGUGCUGCCCUGCCAGCCAGCUCCACCGCUGCCAGCACCACCACCACCCAUGCCAAAGCCGCCGCCCGCGCCAACGCCAACGCCACGGCCGGUGGUAGGAGGAGGCAAGGAGCGAAGGCCCAGGACAUCCAGAUCACGGAUGUGACGGAGAGCAGCGCCAGGCUGCGCUGGGCCAGCCCUGAGCCGCACCAGGCCUUCGACAUCACCGUCACCUCGGCACACGACCACUCCCUGGUGCAGAGGCAGAACCUCACUGGCACUGAGCACGUGCUCCGAGGGCUCAGGAGCGGGCAAAAAUACGUCGUGGUCGUCACCGGCUACCAGAAAUCCCAGCCCAGAGUAACCUACACGGGGACGUUCACCACGAAGGCCUCGGUGCAGACCAAGGUGUCCCUGGCCAACAUGAUGCUCAACACCGAGCCCCUGGAAGGGCCUGAGAGCGAUUGGCCAGACCCUUGCUUGCUGGACUUUGACAUGGGCAUGCAGUGCAAGGACUAUCAGAUUGUGUGGUUCUUUGACUACAAACACAAGUUCUGCAGCCAGGGUUGGUAUGGUGGCUGUGGAGGUAAUGCCAAUAGAUUUGAGGCCGAAGCAGAGUGCAUUAGCAAAUGCUUAAAGCCAUCAGCAGCUGAGAAAGCCAUGCAGCAGCCACUCCUUGAGAAGAGAUUACCAUCAGCCAUGGACAUCUGCCAGCUGCAGAAGGACGAGGGGACCUGCAGGACCUUUGUGCUGAAGUGGCACUACGACCCUAAGACCAGGAGCUGCGCCCGGUUCUGGUACGGCGGCUGCGGCGGCAACGAGAACAGAUUUAACACGCAGAAAGAAUGUGAAAAGCUUUGCAUCCCUGGGAACAUCAACCCUGGCGUGGUGACGACAAUAGGAACAUAGAACCAACACAUACCUCUGGGCCAGCCAGGAGCGUCAGCGCUGCCACCUUGCCCCUAUAGAAGCUGAGGGUAUAGACGACCUUGCACUGUAACGUUUCAUGCUUUUAACUUCCAGGCAGACCCUGAUUCAGGAAGGGUUCUGCUGCAUGACCUAUCAAUAUGGUGCUAAACUGUUUGUGGACUGAGUGCUGCACAUGCCAGGGUUAUAUUGUAUAGCUUCAAAACUGCCGAGUAUUUACCAAACUGCAGAUUGCUGUUGUCUCUCAACGUGUCUCUAAAUUACCCCCUUUUUAUCCUGAUUCCGGCAGUUUGCCUGUCUAAGGCACCAUAAAAAUUAGUUUAAAAAAAAGAAAAAAAAAAAGGAUCAUAAUAAUUUCACUGCAACUUGCUACCUGCUUGCUUUGAACCUUCUCCUAGCUGAGCGUGCCUUUACAGGGGAAGCCUUUGUGUAAGAGAGUGGCUGAUUCAGAUAAACAAGUGGUUCCAUUUUCACUCUUUCCUCUUUUAUUGUCUUUCUCCUUUUGCUGGAUUAGAUCUCAGACUAGAUCUCUUUUUUUAUGCAUUUGUUACACACGUGGCCAACCGAACUAGCAAGGAAAAGGAAGCCAAGUUUCCGAAUGCAAAUGCACUGCUGGGACCAAGGCCUCAGUUUAACAAAUUUUUAAAUUGUGGUGUAGGAUGCCUCUUCUGGCAUUCUUCUGAUGUUGUAUGUUUUAUAAAAUACGAAGCAAAGCAAUCUGGGGAGGGGGGAGCGGUGGGUGGGAGAGGG